UUAGUUAAUCGUAUAAACGAUGUAUUCACUUUUCGUUAUUUACACAGAACCGUAGAAAAAAUAUGCUCCAAAUUUAUCAAACUGAGCCAAUUAUAAUUAUCCAAAGCGAUAUCUCAUGAUUGUCAAAAUUGGAAUGACGUAUUUUGAUCACGUGAUUAAGUAAAAUAACCGCCAAAAUGCUUGUCACUGUCAUUUUCAGCAGAUCGGCAUUUUUCUAAAUGUCUUAUUGUAACGUAUUUCUUUCUGUUAACAAUUAAACCUAUUAUCACUUUUACAACAAAUUUUAAAUAACUUUAUACUACAAGCAUAUUGAUUUUUUUAAAGAACCGUCACAUUCGUAAUGGCUAAGGUGCAUAUAACCAAUGUUGUUGUACUCGACAAUCCUAGUCCUUUCUUAAACCCUUUCCAAUUCGAACUAACUUUCGAAUGCAUAGAAGAGCUCAAGGAAGACUUGGAAUGGAAGAUGAUAUACGUCGGAUCAGCUGAAACAGAGGAGCACGAUCAAGUAUUAGACACAAUUUACGUUGGUCCUAUACCAGAAGGCAGGCACAUGUUUGUCUUCCAAGCACCACCACCAGACGUUAACCGAAUUCCAGAGAACGACGCGUUAGGCGUAACAGUUGUACUUUUAACGUGUUCUUAUAGGGGGCAGGAGUUUGUCCGCGUCGGUUAUUUUAUUAAUAAUGAAUACAGUGAAUCAGAACCCGAAUUACGUGAAAAUCCUCCAGCAAAACCGCAAUUCGACAAAGUAUUAAGAAAUAUUCUAGCUUCAGAACCUAGAGUGACACGAUUUAAGAUCAAUUGGGCAGAACCAGAUGCAGUACCAACAGAUUCUGGUGAUGGAAACAUAGAAUCAACUCAUGCACCUAGCAAUGAUUCAUAUGGGGCAUCUUUCAAUGCAGAUAGUCAAAUAAGUGGUAUAGAAUUUCAAGGAAGCCUUAGUGGAUAUGGUGAUAACUCAAACUCUAUUGCUCCUAUGGAGUGCUGAAAUUGUAUAUAAUAGAUAAUGAAGAUUAAAUUUGAGCAAGUGGGUCUAAAACUAAAGGACUGUUGUGAUAAUGUUUGUGAAAUAAUUUGAGGUAUAACUAUAAAACAGGGACUGAAAUUAUUUUGUAUCUGAACUGUAAUGUGGUAAUUUAGUGUAUGUUAUUUCAAAUUGUAAAUACAUUCAUGACACAUAAAACAAUUGAGUGGGUUAAGUUUUCUGGUAUAAGUGGAUAUAUUAAUGUUAUGAUUUUUUUGAGAGGAAAUAUGAGAUUAUAAGUUCAAAUCAUAAAAAAAUAUUGUUAGCUUAUCAGAGAAUUUAAGUUUAAUUGGCAACUAUAUAUAAGUCUCUCCCUGACUCAUGAAUUUUUUAAUAGUUGGGACUAUUUACCAAUUAACUACAAUCUGUAUAUGGAGCUUUGAUUAUUAUACUAAAUGUAAUUAAGAGUAUACAACAUUCACAUCAAUAAUAAUAAUAGAUAAUGUUUAAUUGAUGAUGAACUUUAUUUGUAUGGAAAAGAAACAUGAAAAAAUUUCUCCUUUUUUUUAAUUUUUACAUCAUGCUCUGCUGGCAUAGUAUGCUUAAAAAGGUUUUAUUUGUUAUAUGAUUUAAAUACAUCCAAUAAGUCACAUAUAACUUUUGAAAUUAUCGUCUAUACCAUUAAACAAUCCUAACUCAAAAACACUUAGUUGAUGUUAAACUAUACAACAUCAAGUUAUUUAUUCAUCAUGAAACAUAUGGUAACAGUUAAUUCUAAAUCUUCUUGCAAUUGGUUAUUUAUGCAUUGGUAUAGCAGCAGUGGACAUCAUAUGGUCACAUUACUCUCUAACAUUUUAUUUGUUGUAGGCCUAAUUAAAGAAAAACAUAAUGCUAUCAAAUCAAUGCCUUUAAUUAGUAUCAUAUGAAUAAAAACAAGUUUCAGUGUAUUUAAGUAUGUAACAAAUUGUAGAUAUGUUAUUUUUUAAUAUUAGGCUAAUAAAAAUAUAAUAUGAA